AUGUUCGCACCUCUGAUUUUUGGCAGUGCGGCCUGGAUCGCGGCGACCUACUUCUUCAUCCUACCUGUUGUGAACUAUUUCUACGAUGCGAAAGGCUUCAGAAAGUAUAAUGAUUUCUCACCUUGGUCCCCCUUUACCGACCUGCGACAUGUCCUGCUCAGCUCUGGCGGACACCGUUCGCGCGACAUAUACGAAGCCCACAAGAAAUCGCCAAUCCUCCGGACUGGUCCAAACUCGCUCUCCUUCGGUGAUAUUCGCGCUGUGAAGGAUCUAUACGGACACAGUACGAGGGUUGUCAAGGAUAAGAAUUACACCAUCCUCAGCGGCUCACACACUCAGCUGUUCGAUGUUGUUGAAAAGCAUGAGCACUCGAGGAAACGUAAAACCCUUUCCGCAGCCUUUGCGAUCAAGCACCUCGAGAGAUGGGAAUUCAAAGUGGCAUAUAGCGCCAAACGUCUGCUGAACGCCAUGGAUGCCCAUUGCACUGCACCAAUGCCGAAAGGGCAAACCAUCCCCGACCCCAAGGAUGUCACAUUCGACUGGGGCAUGUGGAGCAACCUGUUCACAAUCGAAGCAAUCAACAACAUCGCCGUAUCGUCACAGAUGGAUCUCCUAGACAAAGGCACCGACGAGGUCACGGCGCAAAAGAUGGACGGUACGACUUACACCGCCGGAUACCGGUUCUCACGCGACCAACUCGUUCGUGCCCAGUCUGUCUUCGUCUGGGACUACAAGCUCUACCCCUGGCUCGCAAAGCUGUCAAACCUCACCCCAAAAUGGCGCAAAAUCUGGAAAGACGCCGAACCCUGGGGCGACGUAGUCUACCACCAAGCGGCAACCCGUCUGAAACGCUCCUUCAACGGCGAAAAGCUCGACGACUUCUUCUCCUCCCUCAUGGAAGACAAACAGGGUGUCCCGAACAACCUCGAAUGGGGCGAGAUCAUCUCCGAAGUAGGCGCCAUCAUCAACGCCGGCUCCGACACAACCGCAAUCGCCCUAACGCAGGUCCUCGCCUUCCUCCUCCAAAACCCACAUACCCUCCAACAACUCCGCGAAGAAGUCGACGCCGUCCUCGACGACGACGAGAUCGUGGCGUCCUACGAUAAAGUCAAGAACCUACCUUAUCUCCGCGCCUGUCUAGACGAGGGUCUCCGCCUCAGCCCACCAACCUCAACCGGCCUCCUCAGACGGACACCACCCGAGGGAGCCUCGAUAAUGGGCGAAUGGAUCCCCGGCGACACGACGGUCUCGAUGAGCGCGUACGCCACGCACCGCGAUCCAACUAUCUACCCGGACCCUGAAGAGUUCCGUCCGGAGCGGUGGAUGGACGAGGAGGCGCGGAAGCGGAUGGAGCCGUACUUCAUCCCGUUCUCGACUGGUGCGCGUGGCUGUUUAGGUAGGAACAUAUCGUACCUUGAGCAAACGGUUGUUCUUGCGUCGAUCGUGCACCGGUAUGACUUUGCGUUGUCGAGUCCGGAGUGGAAGUUGGAUGUGUAUGAGGCGUUUAAUUUGCUUGUUGGCGAUAUGCCGGUGAAGAUCUGGCGGAGGGAUUUGGGUGGGGAUGUUGUUGCAUAG